CAGAGCACAAACCAUAGGCUCCAACCUAUGGCUCCAACGCGCUGAAAGUUUUGGAAAUGCGAUGCAGGCAUGACUGUCACCUUUUAACAGGCUUCAAAGAGUUUCAAAGUUAGUCAGUUUAAAUUAAUCCAGAUGACCGUGACCCAAGAACGGCCGCUGACCUAUGCCAAAAUGAGGGGGCUUCUGUCUUUUUUCUCAGCUCUGCUCAAGGGGAAGAAAGUUGGCUUCAGUCAGUUCCUACACAAACUUGUUUCCAGUCAACAGCUAUGCCAACACCUGGACCCUCAGAAAAUCAUUGAAAGACAGAGGAGAUGGAGGAGAGAGAGGGAGGAGAAAGACACAGAGCGCCAAGUGAACACAGAAACCUCACAGAUGAAACCAUCUGAUUUUGACUACCUCAAAGUUAUCGGCAAAGGAAGCUUUGGAAAGGUGCUACUGGCAAAAGACAGAAAGCAUGGAGGAUACUAUGCUGUGAAAGUGCUGCAGAAACAGAUGAUUGUCAAGAGAAAAGAGCAGAGGCACGUGAUGGUUGAGAGGAGUGUACUGAUGAAAGGACUACAACAUCCAUUCCUGGUGGGGCUCCACUUUUCUUUCCAGACCUCAAACAUGCUCUACUUUGUCCUGGAUUACGUUAAUGGAGGCGAGCUCUUCUACCAUCUUCAAAGAGAAGGGUCCUUUCCUGAACCCAGAGCUGCCUUCUACGCUGCAGAGAUGCUCAUGGCGCUAGGCUACCUCCACUCUCUUGACAUCGUUUAUAGAGACCUGAAGCCAGAGAACAUUCUGCUCGACAGUGGGGGUCAUGUGAUGCUGACGGACUUUGGCCUUUGUAAAGAAGGGGUGGCUACAGGAGGGAUUAUGCACACGUUCUGUGGGACUCCGGAGUACCUUGCUCCAGAGGUGCUACAAGGACAACCGUACAGUCCAGCAGUGGACUGGUGGGGCCUAGGCACUGUGCUGUUUGAGAUGCUCUAUGGAAUGCCUCCGUUUUACAGCCGGAAUACGGCAGAGAUGUUUGAGAACAUACUUCACGCACCGCUUCAGCUGCGCAUUGGGGUCUCUGAUGCUGCCCGCUCACUUUUGGAAGGAUUGCUGCAAAAAGAUGUCAAAAACCGCUUAGGGGGGAGCGAUAACCUUUUGGAGCUGCAGGAUCAUUCCUUCUUUGCAUCCAUUAACUGGGAUGACCUCCUGGCCAAGAAAAUAAAGCCCCUGUUCAUCCCAAAUGUGACCGGUCCAUGUGAUGUCAGCUACAUAGAUCCCGAGUUCACGUUACUGCCUGUCCCUGGCUCUGUGAACGAGAGGUGCAAGGCAGGCGGGACCAGCGAGGCCUUCCCAGGAUUCUCCUUCAUGAACCCUGUGGAGUACGUGUCAUUCGAGCCAGUUUCAUAACCACAAAUCCUCUGGGAGCAUGUUUGUUAAAUUAUUUAUUUUUCAUAAAAUAUUAAAUCAAAGCCUUUUUAAAAAAAACUUGAGCAAAAUAUUCUUAAACCAACACUGCAACGGUCUGUAUGUUUCUCUGCUUACACACUCAAUAGAAGUGUUUCUAAGUAAUUGCUGUUU